AUGCACAAAACAAGACCUAUCAACAAGAAGAAGCAAAAAAAUCAUGCCAAGCAUGCCCCUAAACAGUUAAUUACCCAAGAAGACUAUUACAUUCAGGGGACCGAAUUUGAAGAGCAGGCUGAGAGAUGGCAAUUAUCCGAUUUAAAGAAAACUUUAAGGUUUUAUAACAAGGCCAUGGAAUGUUAUGAUGUAGGUCUUAGCGCAAAUGUGAUGGGUAGUAAUUCUAGAGAUUCAUUCAAUAUUUAUUAUAAUGAAAUGAGAUUAUUUUUGAAGAUAUUCACUGAAUUUAGCAAUAAUAAUGGUUACAUCAAUAUCUUCAAAUUUAUUAAUUUUAAAGACACUGAAGAGGAUAGAGUUUUACAGGAUGGAUUACGAAAUAUUGUCAUGCCUAUUGAUAUUAUUGUCAAGAUGUUUGAAACUGGAUUGGAAAGAGUCACUUCAGAGCAAGAUCCAUCCAGUUCAUGGGAUUAUAAAUAUAAUUUAUUAAUUGGGUACCUAACGUUUUUAGAAUCUACUGAUGAUGUACUGAAUGGUGUGCAAUUGAUUGAAUUUAUUGAUAAAUUUGUAAAAUUAUCGCAAACAUUAAUCGUGGAAUUAGAACUCCAAUUAAAUGAUGAACCAUCAUUAUCCUCCAUCCCUUCUCACUCUUCUGACGUGGAACAACCAGCCCCUUCUAAUGAUGGAUCCGGUGUAGUAAUGAAUCCCGAUAAUGAUAGGACAGAAACCAUGGAAAUGACUGAACAGAUUAGUGCCGAGACGGUACAAGAAGUUAUUAUCAACUCCUUCAAAUUUAUUCAAUUAAUCUUAGAAUCAUUAAUUGAAAACAAGAAAUCAGGAUUAAUUAAUGCUGUCCAGUUAAAUUUCAUAUCUGAUAAGAUGAAUAAAUUUGGGUCUUACCUUGAUGAGACAAUUUUUAAUCAUCCAUCUCAAGGGGAUAACUCAUCGACUGCCAAUGAGAUAGAUCUAAUAAAAUAUCAAAUUAAAUGUUUAACCUGUUUGCAAAAUGAAGACCUGAUUGAAUUGAAAAAAUUAAUCAACAUGAAUGGUUCUGAUUCUGAGAAAAAUACACAAUUAGAUCUGGUUAAGAUCGAUAUUUUACAGUUUACCAUUACGAACAUUGACGAGUCCACUUCUGCGGAUAUUAAGUGGAAUGUAUGCACGUGGUUGAACACUUUCUUGAACAAUGCUAAGGCACAGUUAUCCAAUAGACGUAGUUCUCUGCUUAGAUCGAACUCUGAUGAACUGAGUAAGAUCGUAUUCCAGCUCUGUGACAUCCUCGUUAACGCUUCGGACAACGAGCUAAUAAGAUUCCAUCUCAAAGAGGGAGGAAACGGCACCUCUACGGCCAACCAAAAGACCCUAGACAUUCUCAUGAAGAACGCCAAGAUCCUACUAAAGAACGCCCUCAAGAUUGCCGAGCAGCCCUGCGGGUUACAGGAGAGUAUAAUCGACAAGAUCAAACGAAACUACGUGUACCACCAGGCGCAAUGCCGUCUGGAGCUGUUGGAGACAGGGUCCGUCUCAUCACGGAGGGACGAAUUGGAAUUGGAUUCCCUGAGAGAACAUCCGUUCUAUAGCACGCAUUUUUGA